AGCUGUGGGACGUGUCGCGGCGCUGCGCCGGCUCCUCCUUCCCCGCCCUUCUUAGAGGUGCCCCUCUCCCUCCCUUCGCCUCCUCCUCCCUAGCCCGCAGCGGAGCGUCCCCUCCCCCACCCGUGGGGCUUCUCGGCAGCUACUGCAGAGGAUUCAGAGCGGAGUCGCUGAGGAGGAGGAGGCUCCCGGUCCCUGCGCGCCAUCCGCCACCUUACUGGACACGGGCAAGGGAGCGAGAGCGUCGCCUCUGUAGCCCCCAGAGAAGACAAGGGCAUCACCAUCUCAGCCACCGCCGCCGUUUUCUCCUGCAGCGGCUCGCCGGAUCCUUGGUCUUCCACAAUGAACCCUGUUUAUAGCCCCAUGCAGCCUGGGGCUCCUUAUGGCAACCCUAAAAACAUGGCUUACACAGGUUACCCCACAGCCUACCCAGCAGCGGCCCCUGCCUACAAUCCCAGCCUGUACCCCACUAAUAGCCCCAGUUAUGCUCCAGAGUUUCAGUUCCUGCAUUCAGCUUAUGGAUACCAUGAAGCAACUCUGCUGAUGAAACAGGCCUGGCCACAGAACUCGUCCUCCUGUGGCACUGAAGGCACCUUCCACCUCCCCGUGGACACCGGGACCGAGAACCGAACUUACCAAGCGUCCUCUGCGGCUUUCAGAUAUACUGCGGGGACACCAUACAAGGUCCCACCGACCCAGAGCAAUACUGCUCCGCCCCCCUACUCCCCAUCACCCAACCCCUAUCAGACGGCCAUGUAUCCAAUCAGAAGUGCCUACCCCCAGCAGAAUCUGUAUGCCCAGGGAGCCUACUACACACAGCCGGUGUACGCUGCCCAGCCCCACGUCAUCCACCACACCACGGUCGUCCAGCCCAACAGCAUUCCCUCCGCCAUCUACCCGGCACCCGUAGCUGCCCCCAGGACCAACGGCGUGGCCAUGGGCAUGGUGGCCGGCACCACCAUGGCGAUGUCAGCAGGGACCCUGCUGACUGCCCCCCAGCACACCGCGAUCGGGGCACACCCCGUCUCCAUGCCAACAUACAGGGCCCAGGGGACCCCGGCAUACAGCUACGUGCCGCCGCACUGGUAAAGCCUGCAGCCCAUCCGAAUCUGGAGUCACACAUUGUAUGCAACUACUCAAGUCUUACACAGGUGCUGGAGCAGUUCCCUAGCAGCCGCACCUCUAUUUGCAAGAAGAGACAACGGAAGUGCAAGGGUCACUUUAUGCAUCUUUAACGGUUUUGGUUUUUAUUUUUGAUUUUUGUAAAAGCUGCUUUUUUAAAUCUCCCGCCUCUCCCUACGUUCCUCCUCUUAGCCGCUGCCCUUCCGGCUCUGUCCCUUCUCCCACCUGACCAGGCACUUCCUCUCUGUUCUUCUUCCCUCCCCCAGCACCCACCCCCGGGACCCCAGUCUAGUGGCAAAUAGAGAGGGGGGUUUCUUGCAGUGGUUCGGGGGAAGGCACUGUUCCCUUCAGAGAGUGUGACAGAUGUAGCCCUCCGGUCCAGGGUGGGCACUCAGAGCCGUUGAGCAGGCUACAUCUUUGGGGGAUUGUUUCCUUUUUGAUUUUUCUCAAGCAAGAUUAGUCUAGGGCAGCACCAUGUCCUGACUCAAAUGAAAUGUGUUCUGAGAACCAUUGGAACAGACCAAGAACAAAACCACCUGAUUAGUUAGGAGUGUUUAUAGCAGCUUAAUAAAGCAGCUCCUGUUCUUUCACUGGGAGAACUUGGGGCGGGGGGAGCAAUAUGGGAGGGAAGAGGGGAGAGAGGCGCUUACCUGCCGGCUUUGGUUUGUGAGGUCUCAGGCCAGACUGCCCUGCGCCACCCUCUCAUUUGCACAGCUAUGCGCACUGACCCGGCACUUCCUCGGAAGGUGGUUUGGACCUCAGACCUGCUAAGCAGCUGCAGGGUGGGGGGAUCCCAGCCUCUCAGAGCCUUGGAAGGCCAGGUACCCUCUGUAAUCCAGACCUUAGCCUCUGAGCCCUCAUGGACCCACUCUGAUGAGGACCCACCUCCUGAUUAGAGUGGGAACCUGUGGUGUUUCUCGCCCUUCCUGCCGCCCUUCCCAGUGCCAGGACUCACCCAUGUGUCUGUGGGGCCGGCAGGCAGGCCAGGCUCUUGGUUACCUUUGCCACUCACAGCCGAAGUGAAGGAACCACAUUCCAGAUGGGUGCUGGUGGCUUUGAAGGUCAGUACAGUGAAGGAAAGCAAUAGCAAUAAACAUUUCAUAGACUCAUGGGACAGAAGGGACCUUAGCGAUCAUCUCAUCCAUUCCCCUAUUCGACAGAUGAGGAUGCUGAGGCCACGAGAAGAAGAAAGGACUUCCCUAGAACUUGUUGUAAAUUAGCAUUAAAUGCAGCCUUCCUACCUAGGGGCAUGUUGCCCACAAAAAUUUACCUAGGGAUGGAUUGCCUUGGUUUUGUAAAAAUUAAGUCAGCAGGGCCCACAUCUGGUGAGCUCUGGAACAGCAUCUGUCUGGGUUUUUGUUCUUUUUCUCCAGACUCCACAGGCGGGGGUUAAAAACUGGGCAGAGGUUACAUGGGGACAGAUGGCAGGAACAGAAAUUGCAAAAGAAGAAAUAGCAUUUGGAAAUUCUGUGAAGACAUUUGGAACGUUCGCCCCAUACCUGACUCCAGCCCUAGGGGCACGGGCAGGUGGGCUGGCUGAAAGAAUGCGUUUAAGGACAGUGGCUCCUCAUCCUCAGUGGGAGGAGGAUGAGGGUGAGGCCCAGGAGACACGGGACCUCCUGGGAGAAGAGGGGUUCCUUGGACAGGAGGCCCCCCUAGUCUCAGCAGGAGGCUGGCUCGUCCAGUACGACCCCCUAUACCCAGCAAUUGGCUGGGCCAGCAGCCCCCUAGUGGGGCUGGGGGCAUUUUGCUGUACAAAAUGCGAUCAUUGAUAACAUUUGGGACUUUUAAAUAACUUUUUCCAUUUAAAUUCAUGCAAACUCGGACAUAUCCCUACCCCUACUCCUUUACUCCCUAAAGGAGGAAAAAUUCAGGAACCCUUGAGCCAGAAGGACCUCAGAGGUUGUCUGGCCAUUCCAGGUGGGCAGAGCCCAUCAGCAUCCUCUGCCCAGAGCCAGGAGUUGGGGGCCACCUUCUUGGCCGUCCAGGGGCCUGUAGGACCAGUAAGGAGAAGCCCAGCUAUUCUAAAUGGUCUGUUGAAGUUUUAUUCUAAAACGAAGUUUUCCAGUGUUAAUCCAUUUUUUUGCAAAUACCUCCUCCUACGCUCUGGUUUUGUAAGGGUGGAUGAAGGGUGGUUAUAUUAUGUCAUGUUUGGAAAAUGCCAAAAUAAUAACAAUAAUAAGAGGAAACGUCUGCAUUCGUCAGGUGCUUCAUAGAUUUCAGAGCACUUCAUGGCCUUUAAUGUACUGGCCCCGAGACAGAGGGACAGGGUCAGACGAGGAAACUGGGUCUGGAAGGAAAGGGAACUGCCCCGAGGGAGCAGCUGCUGGUGUCCCGACAGCCUCCCCCUGUCCCUGCUGCCUCCGAUGGGCUGGAGUGGGGCCAUGGGGGCGGGGGGGAAGAGGAGACUUAGGAGUGACUGUGCUAUUUUUGUUCUUUCCACACCAGUAAGCAACAACUAAUGCCUAGUACCUUGCAGUUCACAAAGCAACUUCACACCCACCCCCUGCUAUAACGCUGUGGAUUAGAGGAUUCCCCCCGUUUGGCUCAUGAGGAAACUCAGAGUGAUUUGCUCUGAAGUGGCAGAGCCACUUGAAUCUCAGUCUGUCUGCUGUCUUUUCCUCCCCGUCUGACUCCACCACACACAGCCUUGCAAAUGGAAACAUCCACGAUCUGCACCCCCUCUCGGUCCUAGUCUGUGAUUCAGAAUCAGAGACAGGCCCCAGGGCGUAAACAAGGCUGUGGUCUGGAAGAGCCCAAGCCCAGCGCCCCUUUUUCCGUGUGAGUGUCGGAGCCCCAGCUCAGCUGGCCUCGCCCUCUGGCGCCGAUGGAGAGCCACGAGCCUGGCCAGGCGUGGGGAGUCCUCGCAGAGGGCCUGGGCCGGGAGCCGGGGCAGCGCUGUGCUUCGCUGGGAUGGGCACACCUGGUAGUCCCACAGGUGUCUGUCAGGAGGUACUGUGGGUGUCAUCCAAAGACACUGGGUGACCCACCGGUCAGGCUGGGCAGAAGGUCAAAGCUCGAAGGGCCCUGUCAUUGUAGGAAGGCCAGCAAGCCGGAGGACGGGGGUGUGCCCACCUGACAGUGGGCUACAGCGCUGGGCCCUCUUGCCGCCCCCCACUGCCUCUCCCCAGUACCGCAGCCUGGCGGCCAGUGUUAGAGGUGUGCAGGUGGUCCCACAGCCAACCCUCUUCGCUUCCCCCCUCUUCGGUUUGACUGCCUCAGUCUGGGGCCUAGAAAGCUGUGGGGUCCCCAGGCGGUGAGAGUCUGGAACCCAAAGCCUGAAGCAGUCUGCCACAUUUUGGAAAAAAUGUUUAAAAUUUCUUCCCCAUGAGACAGAGCAGUUGCUUUGCUGCCUCUCUCUCUCUCUCCCCCACCCCCCACAAUGACCCUAAAGUGAAAUCCUAUUCUCAUCCCUAAAUAUUGAAUAGGACACAUACCUAUUCCAAGUGGUUUUUCAUGUACAAAGUACUUCAACAUUGAUUGCCAAAAUACCCAUUUUAUAGAUGGAAAAAACUAAGUCUCAGAGGCUUAAGAGACUUGCCAAAGGUCACAGAGCUCAUAAGAGAAAGAGCCAAUGUUCAAACUCUGCGGACCCUCAGCCUUCUGCUGGCACCUGCUGGGUCUGGGUGGCAGGUGGGGGGGGGGGGCUGCCGUCUGCCCUGUGGGUGAGGGCCAGGCCCUAGACGCAGUGCCCAGUCCUUGCACCUCACCCAUCUCUUACCUCUGGCCACCCAAACUGUUCUGAGUUUCUGAGAUCUCCCAGGCGUGUGGAGGUGCUUCUUUGGAGGGGCUUGCUUUGUUCUGAGUGGCCUCAAGAAAUGAAUUGUGGGGCAUGAAGUCGGGCAGGCCUCUUGGUCACCAGACUGUGUGUCAUUGUGCAGGUGGGCUCGGCCCGUCUCAGCGAGGCACUGGCUUAGCCAGGCCAGGAGCCCCGCAUAUCAGAUUCCUCAGCUCUGCUCCGUGGCCGGUGGGGGGGGCGGGGGGGGGGCUGGGAGGCGUGCGUCGGUCUUGGUCACAGCACUCUGAAUAGAAGGAUCAUUUGGAGGUCGCCAUGGCAUCGCUCCUCGGUUGCAGUUGACAGCACAGGGGAGCUCUGCUUUUCCAUUCUGCACUCCACCGUGUCACUGCAGGGCGUGCAGUGCCCAGCUGCUUGCCAAGCUUGGAGACAUGGAGGGGUUAGUCAGGCAGUGGAGUGGGCAGGUGGGAAGCCAGCUGCAGGCCGCUGCGUAGCCCUGGGAAUUCAGGCCCGACCCACCUCCGAAAGCAGGGUCACGGUAGAGGACCCCCAGCCAGGCUGACAUCAGAACCCACACCCGGGCCUCGAGGAACUCAGGCUCCUGUGGGGCGUGUCAGGCUGGCUGGAGGAUUUGCCCUUUACCUGUCUCCGUCCCCUCACCCAGAGAACACAUUUCUGAAAUCAGGUGUUACAUGGUCCCAGGACCCAGCCUUUCAAGUUCCUGCCAGGCCAGCUUUGACAUUCCAUUGCCAACCUUGCCUGAGCCCGACUUGGUCCCACGCACUCAGUUUCAGCAGCCCUUCUCUGUCUCACAUGCUGUUGAGUUCAGCCCCGUGGCCGAGUGAGCAGCACGGGAAUUGGACUGGUUGUCACAAAGCCUGACAGGAAGCCAGAGCUUCCGCUUCCCUGUGGCCGCUUCCCUAGUGCCCAGGCUUCUUGCUGUGGCAGGGAGACCUUGUCCCCAUUCCAGCUCCUGGUGGAGGGCUGCUUUCCUUCCGGAAGAGAACAGAUAGAACAGCUUUGCAGAUGAGUACAAUACCAGCCUGUGGGAGUGACCUGGGCGAAGCCGUCUUUGAGCCUGACCCCAGCAAGACCAGCAUCUCCAGGCUCCAGCCGGCCUCCUCAAGCCCGAGAACCGGUGGAAUGGGACCACCCAGACCGCCAGCCGGGGUCAGCCAGCCGGGCCCUGGGUCUGUGGGGGCAUCGGGCUUCUCCUCACCGAGGGGAGGCAAGUCUAGGCCUCUAGCAACUCGGAGUUGUCCGUAACGACCUUCAAAGGCCCAGAGGCCUGUCCCGUCUCCUGACUAAAAGGCAUCUGCACCCGUUCCACAUCACACGACGGAAACCCGACUCAUGGCAUGUGACAUCCUGUGAGAGAGUGUUGUAUAUGAGUUUGUAUUUUUUAAUUCAUUUUAAUCUACAGGUUGGAAUCUAAUUUUUAAACUUUAUUGGAAUUUGCAUUUUAAAAGCAAAAACAUUUAAAAUAAUAAUAAACCUUUGACCAGUGUCUUCCAAGUAGUUUGAUCAAAGAACUUGUAGGUGUUUUCAAAACACAGCCUGGAGUGCAAAUAUCGGGAAGCCCCAUGGCCUCGCUUGUGUAUAUGAAGUGUAAAUUUGGUUUUGUUUUGUUGUUUUGGAUUCCUUUGGGUUUUGUUUCAUUUUGUUUUGAAGAUCAGAUAGUGAUCACUCUGAAAGAUUGAAGCCAAGAAUUUGUAACUAUGAUAUUUACUGUAAGCUGUAGAACAUUCAAUAACUAUUAAAAAAAAAGUUUC